CGAGAGCGGAGCCGAGCCAAGCGAAGAUGGCUGAGAUGAAGCAGCCGCCGAAGCACGACGGGCGGGUGAAGAUCGGCCACUACGUGCUGGGGGACACGCUGGGGGUCGGCACCUUCGGCAAAGUCAAGAUUGGAGAACACCAGCUUACUGGACAUAAAGUAGCAGUCAAAAUUUUAAACAGACAAAAAAUUCGUAGUUUGGAUGUUGUUGGAAAGAUCAAACGAGAAAUCCAAAACUUAAAACUUUUCAGACAUCCCCAUAUUAUCAAAUUGUAUCAGGUGAUCAGCACCCCCACUGAUUUUUUCAUGGUGAUGGAAUAUGUGUCUGGUGGAGAAUUGUUUGAUUAUAUCUGUAAACAUGGACAUGUAGAAGAGGCUGAAGCCAGGCGUCUCUUUCAGCAAAUUCUGUCAGCUGUAGAUUACUGCCAUAGGCAUAUGGUGGUUCACAGAGAUCUGAAACCAGAGAAUGUGCUGCUGGAUGCACACAUGAAUGCCAAGAUAGCUGAUUUUGGGCUGUCCAACAUGAUGUCAGAUGGUGAAUUCCUGAGAACCAGCUGUGGCUCACCCAACUAUGCAGCACCAGAAGUAAUCUCUGGAAGAUUGUAUGCUGGCCCAGAAGUUGAUAUCUGGAGCUGUGGUGUUAUUCUUUAUGCUCUCCUCUGUGGGACUCUUCCUUUUGAUGAUGAGCAUGUUCCAACCCUGUUUAAAAAAAUCCGUGGAGGUGUCUUCUACAUUCCUGAAUACCUCAACCAUUCAAUAGCAACACUGCUGAUGCAUAUGCUGCAGGUUGACCCACUCAAACGAGCCACCAUCAAGGACAUACGAGAACAUGAAUGGUUCAAACAAGAUCUGCCCAGUUACUUGUUUCCAGAAGAUCCAUCAUAUGAUGCCAAUGUCAUGGAUGAUGAUGCUGUGAGAGAAGUCUGUGAGAAAUUUGAAUGCACUGAGUCAGAAGUGAUGGCCAGCUUGUACAGUGGAGAUCCUCAAGAUCAGCUUGCAGUAGCUUAUCACCUGAUCAUUGACAACCGGAGAAUCAUGAAUCAGGCCAGUGAGUUCUACCUCGCUUCCAGCCCACCCAGUGGUUCUUUUAUGGAUGACACUAUGCAUAUCCCCCCAGGGGUGAAACCUCACCCAGAAAGGAUGCCUCCUCUAGUUGCAGAUAGUCCCAAAGCAAAAUGCUCCUUGGAUGCACUGAACACCACUAAGCCAAAGCCAUUGACUGUAAAAAAAGCAAAGUGGCAUUUAGGAAUACGGAGUCAAAGCAAGCCUUACGAAAUCAUGGCUGAAGUUUAUCGGGCCAUGAAACAGCUGGAUUUUGAAUGGAAGGUGGUGAAUGCCUAUCACCUUCGAGUGCGUAGAAAGAAUCCAGUUACAGGAAAUUAUGUGAAAAUGAGUUUGCAGCUGUAUCAGGUUGACAAUCGCAGCUAUCUGUUGGACUUUAAAAGCAUUGAUGAUGAUGUCGUGGAGCAAAGAUCGGGUUCUUCUACACCUCAGCGCUCAGGCUCAGCAGCUCGCUUGCACAGACCAAGACUAAGUUUUGACUCUGCCGCUGUUGAUUGCCAGUCACUUCCUGGGUCCCUUACUGGCUCUUUGACUGGGAGCAUGUCCUCUGGGACACCACGCCUUGGGAGCCACACAAUGGAUUUCUUUGAAAUGUGUGCCAGUCUCAUUAUGGCUCUUGCUCGCUGACAGGUAUAAUUCAGAAGCGUGAUUUCAGUGGGAGAUCAUAGGCCUUGGGAAUAUCUGUACUCAAGGCUGAGUUGGAAGUGUGUGGCAAGGAAAGCCUCAUUUUGAACAUAGAAAUAUCAGAUUGCACCCAGGAAAUAUUUUGCAUAUUUAGGAGAGAAGACAAAAGUGUUCAAUUUAGGUAAGCCUAACUGCAGAUUUUGCUUAAUUUUUGCCAGGAAUUAGGAGUUGUUGAUGUUAUUUCAUAGGUAUGGUAGAAAAGAUGGAGCAGUGGAGUUAGCGCUCAACAGGAGUGAGGACUGAGGGCCCCAGCCAAUAGCUGGUAGCUGUUGGAUUUUACUAGCUGCCACUCAAAAGUCAACAGUGCAACAGCUACCAAAAAUCUGAAAAUAUCUACAGUUGAAGAAUCCGUAACACUCAUGCCAUGUUGAAUGAACAGUGCAAUAAUAUUCCUGAAAACUUGACCAUCAAAACUGACUUUAGAAAACAAAGGCAAUAGAAUCCUGGAUAGAAUUGAUCUAGAUUAAUACUCAUGGAAGAAAAGUUUGUAUCUGCUGUUCUUCCACAUAUUAUAACAUGCAAAAUCACCCAUAGGGUAGGACUGUAGCUCAGUAAGAAGUGCAAUUUUGAAAUCUUUUUGAUAUCAGACUUCAAAUAAUUAUAAGUUAGACCUAGUUAUUUAAGUUUGGAAAUAUAUGAUGGCAAGCCUCUGGCCAAGCUUGAUGGGGUUUUUUUUCUUCUAUGGAAGUGCUUUUGGAAUGCUUAGAAGUCAACAUUGCUUUUGUAUCCUACUCAUGGAUUCAUCUGAAUGAAUUAUUGCAACCUACCUCCUAAAACAGUGUAGAACAGGAUUCAAGACUUGCUGACUCGAGAGCAGUGAACUAGAACUGAACACCUGGAGCAUCACAGGUUCUCUAAACCUGAGCUAGAUGAUUAAUUAUAAAGCAAUUAUUUUAUAUUCUUGUUACAUUGUGGUGAAAUUAAAUAAAGCAACUACUUUUAUUGGAGGUAGCAAGUGACAAAUACUGCACAAACAUCUGUUACUUCAGUUAUUAGGUAGUAACCUCUGCCUGAACUCAACACGUUUUUAAUUGAAUUUUUGCUGCUACUGGAUUGUACACCAUACCUGUUACUCACCCCAGUGGAAAAUUGUCCUCAGAGAUGACUCAAACUAGAUGUGUAAAAUCCCCCAAACCCAGAAGCUGGCAACCAUUCAAAUUCAGAAAUCACUUGAAUACAAUGCUUUUGAGAGGCGGAUGGUAGUCGGGGUUACCAAUUCUUUUUGCAAGCUAUUCUGCAGUAACAUUUCCCCAGUUUUAAUUAAAGUUUUUUAUUAAGGAGUUUCUGUUUUCACUGAAGGAAUUCUUUUUACUGCAGCCUUUCAUAACCACUUUGUCCUUGCUGCUGUUUAUUGUCCUAACUUGUUAGACUCAGACCACCUACUAUAUCUCAUAAGCAAAAUUUGCAGUUGCUUUUAAUCGCAUUAUUAGUUCUCCCAUCAAUCAUUCCAGGCCAUGUUUUGCAUCGAAUAUAUCAAAAUGCUGGGACUGCAUAUUUAAAUUAACAAUAUUUAUUAAUCCCGUAACAGUAAUAGAUCAAAAUUUCUGUAGCCACAGAAAUCUAGUAUAAAAUUCAUAACUGUGGGGAAAGGAACAAAAACUUACUAUUUUUCUUCAGGAGUGAGGUCUUUUGGCAAUAUUCUGUGUCAGAAAAAAGGCUAAUAAACUGAUAAAGCAAGGUAAUUACAGAGAAGCCAAGCUUUUCAGAGAAGAGAGGGUAGCAGAGAACAUUAACUGCACUCAGGAAAAGGCUCAAGUGAAAAAAAGAACAUGGCACUCAAGACAAAUUUUCAUUGCUUCAGAAGCAAGUCAGUUUUUAAACGCUUCCAUAGCUUUAGUUGUCUGUUACAAUAUUUGCUAGGUGCUAAUUUUGGACAGGUUUUGAGAAGAAAGGUUUCCCGACACAGCAUAUUUAUUCACUUGCAGAUUAAUCCUGUACAUGUCUGUUCAGAAAGUAAGUCCCACUUGUACACUUUAGGCCAAGUAAGAAUAUAUAGCGUUGCUAUCUAAAGUAUUCAUCCUUUUUUUUAAAAAGGUGGGGGAGUCCAUCUGUUUUGUUCUUCUGUUUUAAACAUUGAUACAAGGGAGAGGGGAGCAUAUUUGGGACUGCCACAGAAGCCAGCUGUGGAAGGGGAUGGGUUUGAGAUCUUUCCCAAAGCUCUAGGCUAGCAGUCUUUUGCAUAGUUAGCCUCUCUUAGGAAUAGGAACUUUUUACUCCUGGUCUCUGUUCUCUUUUUAAGUAGAUUCCUCUUUCUUGAAAGAGGUGUAUUCCUUUUAGGGGAAGUACUAGAAACAAAAGUAUCUCUUGAAGAAUGUAUGUUUGUCUUGGUCCUAAAUCAUAUAAUUGUGAUGAAUAAUAGCUGAAAAAUAUCAACAGACAAGGAUGUUUCCCAGUUUACUCUUUGGUCAAAUCAUCAAUCUCUUUCAUAGAUAAACUUUAUUCUGGUCAUUGACCAAUAAAAUACAUAAAACAAACAAAUUAUCCCCUUAGUAUCAGUUACUGAUGCACAGAUUUUCUUGUUUUUUAUCUUCAUUUCUGAUUUCUCACUUCCAGGCAGUUAGGGACCUUUCAGCACAUGCUAAAAAUUUGAUAUGCAUCUUGAUAUUUUCACAUCUGUGGCGCAGAGUGGUAG